AUGGAGGCACAGGGAGGGGCAGGGAGCCCAGAGCCCAACAAAGAUAUCCAGAAGCUGCUGAAGCCGCCCAGCUCAGGCGACCUAUCUAAAGAGCUGUUCCAACACCCAUCAGGGGAGGAAGAGGGCAGUCUGUCGGGACACACUGCUAGCCUGCUGCACAUCAGUGAGAAAAGACAGCCUCUGAGCAGCGUGUCUUCUUUAGAGGUGCACUUUGACCUGCUGGAUCUGACUGAGCUGACUGAUAUGUCUGAUCAAGAACUGGCUGAAGUCUUUGCCGACUCAGACGACGAAAACCACGAGUCCCCGGCAGGAUCCCACCAUCAUGCACUGCCUCGGGCCGGGUACAUGCGCUCGCCCUCGUGGACGCGCUGCAGCAGAGUCGAGCCCCCCAGAGAAAGAAAGCACCACAGUGACUCAGACACCGCAGAGCCUUUAAUGAAGCUGGAGAGGCCAAAGCAGCCGUGA